AUGGUGGUCGGGCUGCGGCGACGCGGCGCCCCGCCGCCUCGCCUCGGGCGCCGCGGCGGGCGGCGAGCGGCGCCCCGGCGCGUGGGGGCAGCUCGCCUUCGACCUGCCCCGGCAGCUCACCUGGCGGGAGAAGCUGGAGGUCCGCGACGAGCUCUCCGAGGCCGUCGCGUUGCUCCCGCCGCGGCCCGCCCGCGCGCCGGAGCCCGGGGACCUCCAGCUGCUCACCAAGCUGGAGCUGCUCUGCUCGCGGCCCGGUGCCGCCGGCGCAGGCCUGGAGGCGACCCUGCGCCUCCUCCGGGACACGCUGGGGGCCUCCGAGGCGGGGCUCUCGGACGCCGCGCGGCGCGAGCUCGUGCGCGAGGGCGGCGCGCUCUCCGCGGUGCUGCGCGAGGCCUACCGCCACAGAGGCCGCCUCUCGCCCGAGGCACUCUCGGCGGCCGCUCGCGUGGCGCUGGAGCUGAUGGGCCCUGGGGCCGAGGCGCCCGAGCCCCUGGCAGAGGCGCUGCUGGGCACGCUGGCGCCUCUGCUGCCGUGCGCCCCCGCCAAGGAGGUCGGCGCGCUGCUGCUGGCGUGCCGGCGGCGCUCGCCCUCGCCGCGCGGCGCCGCGCGGCUGCUGGAGGAGCUGGCGCGGCAGCUGGCGGAGCAGGCGCCGGCGGGGCUGCAGGAGGAGGUGCUGGGCGCUGCCCUCGGCGCGCUGGGCCACUUCGGGGACGAGGUGGACCCCGCGGGGGUGGAGGCACUGCUCGACGCCCUGCGCGACGCGUGGCCGCUGUGCCGCACCCAGACGCUGCUGGCGGCCCUGCUCGGGCUCGGGCAGGCCGGCAUCCUGGACGGGGCCACGGUCCACGCCGUGGUGGAGCAGCUCGAGGCCCGCACGGAACUGCUGGGGGCCGCGGACCGCCGGUCUCUGCUGCUGCUGCUGGCGCUGCAGAAGGCCGCCUUCGACCGGGCGCUGGGCUCCCUGCCGCACCCCCUCCACAGCGAGGCCGCGCGCAGGCUGCGGCGUGCGCUGGCCGACGCCGCCACGCCUGAGCUCGCGACGCUGCCCAUGGAGGACCUGGCCAAGACGGUGCUGGCGCUCUCGGAGCUGGGCGAGAUCCGCAGGAAGGCCAGGCAGACGGUCCAGGACCGUGUCGCCUCCGGCAGGCUUCUGUCGCUGCAGCCCGCCGCCUUCGCGUCCCUCGCGUAUGCGCUGCGGCUCGCCUGUGGCCCUGCCCCGCAGGAGCACCUGAGGCGCCCUCUCUGCAUGGCGCUGGCGGCGCACCUGCCGUCCCUGGAGCCGCGACAGGUGGCGAGCUGCAUCGAGAGCCUCCGAGGCUACUCGAACAAGGACUAUAGGAAGGUCUUCGAGGCCGCCUACGCGAGGCUGGCCGGCGCCCUCGAGGCGCCCACCGCCCCAGGGCUGCUGCCCGAGCUGACGCCCGCGGAGGUCAGCGAGGCGAUCCGCUCGUUCGCGGAGGUGCGCUUCCGGGACUCGGGGGUCCUCGUCCGCAUCCUGCGGGCGGUCGCGCGCCCGCCCAGUGCCGAGGUUCAGCAUCGGGGAACCUUUCUACGCAACUUAUCCCCAUCCCCAUCCAGACAUGCUGGCGUCGUGAACAGAAAAUGCGAUGGGAGUUUCUUGGCUGUUCGUGCCUCCAGGAGCCCUCGCUGGGCUCCGGGGCCGUCCGAAAACGGCUCGGGACGAGAGAUUGCCCCGAGGGAGAGGGUCGAGACUUCGGGGAACCCCGCAUGGAACAAGGCAGGACGUCGCAGGUCUGGGCACCGGGCCAUGGUACCUCCGCGCCACCAGCCCACCCGCCCCAGCUGGGGAUCUGCCCCGCGAGACCCGAAGGCACAGGCGUACCUCCCCGCCCGGGUGGGCAGGUCGGCCUGUGGGGCCGAGGCCACGGCCCUGGGGAUGGGGAUCGGUCGAGCGAUGCUCCGAGGUUCCCGGCCUGGGGCCGCCGAGGAGGCCGCUGCUGGAGCGCAUGACGAUGCCGCAGCUGGCCGACGUCCUGGCGGCGUUCGGCGCCCAGGGGCUGGCGGGUUGCGGCGAGGUCGCCGACGCGCUCGCCCGGCGCUACGAGGCCAACUUUAA